CUCAGUCACUGGCUGUUGUAGACAACCGUAGUAAGUCGAUCACUAUGGAGUUCAACGGUGGUACCAGCUCUGUCCGGUUUGUUGCCACAACGAGUGGAAGUAACUGAGUACUCGUAGACCGGUGUAAUUGUAGCUCUCAAAGGUUGUUGGAUUCCAGUGAAGAGAGCUUCAUCUGUGCGAACCUCACAGGAUUCGGAUGUUUUGAGCGUCUCUGCAACAUUGGCUAGCUGGUAGCACGCUAUCUGACAUCUACCGUGAGGUGCUAGCAACCCUGCGGAGCUCCCUAGCCAGCCUUUCGGCAGGUUAGCGGGCAGCAGGAGGUCCCCGGGUGAUGUUGUCCGUAAUCUCUUACGGUAGACUGGUUGCCAGGGCUGUCAUCGGCGGUCUUUCCCAAACAGAUAGCCGCGAUUACAGCCUUGUGACAGCAAGCUUUGGAUUUGGCAAGGAUUUUCGCAAGGGGAUUCUGAAGAAAGGGAUGUGCUAUGGAGACGACGCUUGCUUCAUUGCACGACACAGAUCUGCCGAUGUGUUAGGUGUGGCAGAUGGCGUUGGCGGUUGGCGUGACUACGGUGUGGACCCCUCCCAGUUCUCGGGCACGCUGAUGAGGACAUGUGAGCGUCUGGUGAAGGAGGGGCGCUUCGUGCCCAGCAACCCCGUGGGCAUACUGACCACCAGCUACUACGAGCUCCUGCAGAACAAAGCCCCUCUCCUCGGCAGCAGCACGGCGUGCCUCGUGGUCCUGGACCGGCAGAGCCACCGGCUGCACACGGCUAACCUGGGCGACUCGGGCUUCCUGGUGGUGCGCGGGGGCGAGGUGGUGCACCGCUCGGACGAACAGCAGCACUACUUCAACACGCCCUUCCAGCUGGCCAUUGCCCCGCCAGAGGCCGAGGGAGCCGUGCUCAGCGACAGUCCUGAUGCUGCAGACAGCUCGUCCUUUGACGUCCAGCUUGGUGACAUCAUCCUCACGGCCACAGACGGUCUCUUUGACAACAUGCCUGACUACAUGAUCCUGCAGGAACUCAAGAAGCUCAAGAACACCAACUACGAGAGCAUCCAGCAGACGGCGAAGAGCAUCGCAGAGCAGGCUCACGUUCUGGCCUACGACCCCAACUACAUGUCUCCCUUCGCACAGUUCGCCUGCGACAACGGACUGAACGUCAGAGGAGGGAAGCCGGAUGAUAUCACGGUGCUGCUGUCCAUUGUGGCGGAGUACACGGACUAGCGUCGGUCCGGUGGUUGGCACCAACCCUCGGCUUCCUCCGGGCGCUGGAAUGACUCGCUUGGGCCCACUCGACCCAUUUCCUGCUGGCAGGAUCUGGGACUACUGUUGGUCAGCUCGGCUGGUUCGCUCGCUUACUUGCCCUCGCCGCACUGGUGUUUUGCUUUUGUCUUUCGGCACGGCCUCCGUUCCUUUUUCCUCAGUCCACACCGCGCCGCGCUGCCUCAUGGUGUGCUCCCCACGCCCCCCUCCCUCAGUAAGGCUCCCUCCUCUUCACCACCACCACCACCACCACUGGCAUCUCUUGAGUCUCCAACCCAACCCAACCCAGUCCAACCCAACCCAGCCCAGUCCAACCCAACCCAACACAACUUAACCCAGCCCAGUCCAACCCAACACAACUUAACCCAGCCCUGUCCAACCCAACCCAACCUAACCCAAAGUAGUGGCGUCUUAGUUCAGUUUUCUUGUUUUUUGACGUAUGCAAGAUGAGCCAGAGGAGAAGGUACGGUGGAGCAGGGAGACGUCGCUAUGACGCCAGGGGAUCUGGAGAUGGUGGGUGUUGAUACGCAUCUAUGCAUGAAUGGACAGAGUGCUGAAAGGGAGAUGUCCUCAGAUAUGACUACUCCAAAAUGGCAAAGCCUUGGCUUGUUUAUCCUCUACUCUGGAAAACACACACACACACACACACAUCGUGGUCUGUGUGGCGCCUCCUUGCUCCAGGGAUCGGUGGCAAACAGACGAACUGAUUAGCACGCACACACACACAGCGCUGCCAGAAGAGCUGAUUUGGACAAGGCUUUGUAAGCAUCCGCUGAUGUCUGCCCUGCUUGGCCACGGUAGCCUGGAGGUGGAGGAGGAAGAGGAGGAGGAGGAAGAGCUGAAAGCAGUCCCAAAGUCACUGGAUAGUACAUAAAUGUAGAACCAGCCCAAAAACAAGUAUAUCGUCUAGAUGUAACUCUUAACGGAUCUGCACCGGACUUCAAGCAGGUCCAGACCCAGAACAGCAUGACCUCAAGCGCCAGGGAAGCACCUGAGCCAGAUAUGCAUCAGGCGUGGGGUUUGAAGUCUGGGGCAGAUAUGCAUCAGGCGUUGGGUUUGAGGUCUGGGGCAGAUCCGUGGGGCAUCAGGCGUGGGGUUUGAGGUCUGGGGCAGAUCCGUGGGGCAUCAGGCGUGGGGUUUGAGGUCUGGGGCAGAUCCGUUGUCCAGUCCCAUCUGGGAGUCCAGUAGUGUGUCUGACGUUGAGCAGGCGAUGCCAAAGCUGCUUCCUCAUCACGGGGAAAAGCCUCGACACGACGAUAGCAGCGAGCAAUGUUGAACGUGUGUGGCGUACAGUCUCUGUGAUCUCUUGAGGACAGUAGAAAGAAUGAAGUGUAAAAGCGAGUGUGUGUUUCUUUGGAAAAUAAAUUGUACAUGAUUUUAUUAUGUUAUUUUAUUCGAUGGUGAUUUAAAACAGCAGAGUUUUAAAAAUCCUGCUUGUGUUGUUUAUGAAAUCUGACAUUUAGGGUCCAGGGCAAGGUAACACUUGACGAGGCUCUUUUGUUGGGACAGGAAUGGGAUUUUGUACUCUUUUUUUUUUUUUUUCUUUCGUUGUUUUUGUUCUUUUGGUAAGAAAAUAUUUAUGGUGUCAGAAAAGAAGAGGGAGAAAGGAGACGAGUGAAGAUGGUCUCCCUGUGUUUGGCUUGGGAGGUGCCCAAGGUCGGACUGGGGGAAAGGGAUGACUGUGAUUCCCUCCCUCCUGUCAAGCAGUGUGUGAGAUGGUUCAUAUGCUUUGAAGGGUGUUCGUGUACUGUGUGUAUGUAUGUGUGUGUGUGUGUGUGUGUGUGUGUGUGUGUGUGUGUGUGUGUGUGUGGGGGAGUGUAUAUGUGUGCUUGAUUUGGUAGUGUUGUGAUUGUCAAUGCUUUUGAGUGGGUCAGAAGUAGAAACUAAGAGUGAGAGAGGGUGUGUGUGUGUAACAUCCUUAGCACAUGGAAAGAGUAACUUUAAUGCAAUAAAGAGUUUUUGUCUUUUUUCCCCCUCCCCCCCCCCCCUUCUUUGUGAAUGUUAAGGUGUACACAAAUAACGCACAAAGACGAAUGUUAGCAUCUGUGAAUGCUAACCGUGUAUAUCUGUACUGAUGGCUUAAUAAAGGUUUAUUUUUGCUACUUCCUGGGUAAUUUAAUCACAGAUAGCCACUGCCCUCCUCCCUCCCUCCCGGUUUUGCACUGCUGUUGUGUCAAACUACUCAGCUCUAGCUACCCUUAGCCAACAACAAAGUAAAGUAUAACUGCUCUCAUUUCCUACCAAGUCAAUUAUCCCUACGCACUCAGCCCGGGGUACUCAAGAGUUAAUGUGCCUUCUAAUGGAUUCUUUCCCACACAUUGACGUCUAUGUUUACCGCCCAAAAAAUGAACGGGCCCCUGGUCUGAAUCAGGGGGAUGUUAAAAUGAAUGACUGCUGUUCCUUACAGGAGUUUCGUAUGAGCAGACGGGCUUGGCCGUGCCUUGACUAAUGCAGUGGACUAAGAGCGCUCUUGUUUUAACUUGUUUUGCUGUCAGACCCCCUAGAGAGGUUGUUCAUAGGUCACAGACAAGGCGAGACGCAAGUCCUGCUCCUCAACCAAUCAACACUGAGAUACUUGAUCAAUUCUGCGUUCAUAUAUUCUCUUAAACCCAAAUAAUCAUCAAUAACCUUUCCCCCUCUUCUCUCUGUAGAAUGCCUUGAUACAAAAAUCUGAGGCACACUUACUGUACUUCCUGUAUACGUGCUGAUGCAUUCUGGGAAGGGGCGCGUGCAGCAGCAUGCAUGGCGUAACUACUUAGUGACAACACUGGCCCGCGAUGUCCUCAGGCUCCGGGAAGUGUGUGUUGUAAAACAGGUGUGGACAUACUACAGGGCUUGGGAAUCCACACACACACACGCGCAGGCCUCCAGCAGUAAGUAACACCACAAACACACUCACACUGGCCGACCCUCUACACAGCGAAUUCAAACUUUCCAACCACACACUCAACCUAAUUAAGAGAAUUAACCUAGUUAAUUCUUAGAGAAACCUAGUUAACUCAACGCUCCCUUAAAACAACUGUUUCCUUGGUGAGCAUAUUUUAGCAUCUCUGACAAACAUCUGCUUUUUCUUUCACACACUUCCAGAAGCAAAAUAGCUAUUAGCUAGUGCUGUGAGACCCAAUUAAGAUAUUAACCUGUUUUUCACACACACACAGCUAGCCUGCCAGAAAGAUCCAGUAAUCUGUAAUUAAUUAAGUACAAUGAGCUACCCGAGUUCUGUCAAAAUGAGGAAAUUCCCUUAGAAACCGCUCAGCUUUGGUAGUGUUAGUUUGUGUGGCGCCGAACUUGUGCACAAGUCAAAACUACAGGCUUUGGAAUAGAAUAGUUUCACCCUUUAAAGCUGAAGUACAACACUUAGUAUUUGGUCAAAUUGCAUGCAUUCACAGUUCAACUGGAACAGUGUGCAAUGCAACAUACUCAGAGCCUGGCCUAAGGGAAACGGGUAGUCCAACACAGUUUAAACUAGUCCCAGAAGACUCCACAGUAGAACCACAAGCCCCUCUCUUUUCUUCUGAUGGGGAAAGGUUGGAGCUUUGCAGUCAAACUACUUUCUUCCUCAUCUUUUAAUCACCCAAAACAAAAUGGUGUUUAUGUCUGCGUGCAUCUGUUUGUCUAUAUGAGAAGAGGUAUGUGUGAGAUUCGUCAAUGCAAUUUCUGUACAUAUGUUUUUGAUGCUGUAUAUUUAAAUAAAGAUCUUAGUAUUUAUUAAA